AUGAUUAUCCCGUCAAAAUGUUCUAAUUUUGGGUUAAUGUUGGUUGGUGUUAGUGUAUUUUUCGGAGUUUUCAUUAUAAGCUAUUUCAGUACAAUUAGGGACCUCUUCAAGGAGUCUCGUUUAUCUGUUUAUACCACACAAAAGACAAUUGAUGAGCCUUUCAAGCAACCUAUUGAUAUAUUUGAAAAAUUUCCAAUUGAUUUUGAAAAUGCUACAGCAGUUUUCAACACAGUUCAUGGCGCUUUAAAACAGAAAAAUGCUAACUUGAAUCCAGUUGGAAUUUCCUUUAUACCGGCAUACAUCCCACCCAAUACUCUACUUUACCACUCGACAUCCUCUCCAGUCAUACCUGAGCUGUUUGAAUGGAUCGCUAUGGAUUACGAAUUUAGUUACGACUUUGCCCAUGUCUUUAGAAAUGGAAAGUCGCAUGGCCACCCACCAGGGAACGGUAAAAAGCCACCAGCACCUGGUGGCCAUGGAGGACCUGGAGGACCCGGUGGACCAGGUGAUAAUCAUCCGCGUAAUCUGAAGACGCCAUUUUUAUAUACCUUUCGAACAACUAAACCGUUGACAAAAUUGAUUUACUUGGAUGGUGCUUCCGCUGCGAAGACUAACACGGGAGAGAUGGAUCAGCAACUAAUCCUCAGCAAACAAGAAGACGCUGAUGAACGAGUGAAUGAGUAUGAGGCAUCUGCAAAGAUCUGCGAGUGGGGAAAGCCCUUUGGAUUAGAUGGAAUUAUAAGAUUGGAGAUUGGUUUUGAGAUAGUCAUAUGUGAUUUUAAAAACCAUCUUGAUCUAGUUUCGAAUGUUACUUUGAACAACGCCACUGAUCUCCUUUCUUUCCCUGGCGAAUCCUCUACCCCUAGUGGUGACUUAGAGCUGAAUAGGUCUCUGAUUUUAGAUAUCGUUGAUGCCAUGAAAGGAUUUGAGCAUAUACAGGCAGGUGCUAUAGCCGAUAAUAGGGAACCAAGGAUUCUACUUGAUUUUUCUAAGAUGGUCACACCUAUCAAUAAAACUUGGAUCAAUCCUAGUCCUUACCAUAGAAGGAUAAAUCAUUUAUCUCCCCAAUUAAAGCAAGACAUAAUUGGUCAGCUUGAAACUAAUUUACACAGUGCCGUUGAACCUUACAUGAAGACAGAUUGGCAACUUAUAUCUAAUCGAAUAGUUGAUAAAUUUGGGCCUAUGUUGAUAUUGUUGAACACUACACUUACAGAAUUCGAUUAUCAUCACAAAAAAUCACUUCGUAAUUCUUUAGAUCUCGUGGCAAAAAAUAUGACAGAAUUGACGUUUAAUUUCGUCAGAAGAUAUUCAGAUGAUACAAUAAAAGAUUCUGAGAUCAAAAUGCAGAAAGCCUUCGAUAAUGCCAUUAUAGAUUAUGUUUAUUACAACUACCCUUUAACCUCCUCGGCUGAGAUAUUAAUUUAUUCAUCUAUUUUCAAAAUUCAGUCAACAAUUCAAUCAACAAUUUUUAAUGUUUUCGAAAUCAGUAAACGAAUUUUAGCUGAUAUUUACGUUAAGCCGACGGAAGUAAGAUUUGACGACUUUAAGACCGAACUCUUGCAAUUAAAGCAAGAUUUCAAUCACCUUCUUCAUCAAUUGAAUUGGUCAAUUUUUACUCAAUGCUCCUCAAAAUGCAAUUGGGAUGAGGUUUGCUAUAUUCCUACCUGGGGACCGGGCCCAAUGGGCUGGGGAUCUAGUGAGAAUAAAUGGUUUGAAUUUGAUGGUGAUAGGUAUGUAAUUGGAAAAAAACUCUUCUGUGUUAGUUACAGGGAUUUAAAAAGAUAA